CUCCUUCACACAUCUCCUGAUUUAGAGGACAGAGACGUGUCUCUGGCAUCACUCAAUCCCAGAAAGACUCUCCCCUUCAGCACAGGUCAGCUCUCCACCUCAGGCCAGAAGAAUGGAAGAAAGGGUCACCACUGCAGGGUUUGAGAGCACAAAUAUGACUGUCACAGCCUGGGGAACCCAGCUCACACCAACCAAUGGAAGUGACCAGGCUCUUUCUAAAUGUAACAAAGCCACCCUGACCCCAGCUGUGCUGGUCUUCACCGUGGCCCUGGUUGGACUGGCAGGGAAUGGGGUGGUGCUCUGGCUGCUGGGCUUCCGCAUGCGCAGGAACGCCUUCUCCGUCUACAUCCUCAACCUGGCGGCGGCCGACUUCCUCUUCCUCUGCUGCCGGAUUAUAUAUUCCCUGUGGACAUUCAUCAGUAACUUCCAUUCCAGGUGCAUUUCCAUCCCCUACAUUUUCAUCACUGUGUCAAACUUUGCCUACAUCUCAGGCCUGAGCUUUCUCAGCGCCAUCAGCACGGAGCGCUGCCUGUCUGUCCUGUGGCCAUUCUGGUACCGCUCCCGCCGCCCCAGACACCUGUCACCCGUCACGUGUGCCCUGCUGUGGUCCCUGUCCCUGCUGCUGAGCAUCCUGGAAGGGAACUACUGUGGCUUCCUGCUGAGGAAACGUGACCAAACUUGGUGCCAGGCGUUUGAUUUCAUCAUAGCCGCGUGGCUGAUUUUGUUGUUUGCGCUUCUCUCUGGGUCCAGCCUGGCCCUGCUGACCAGACUGUGUGGCUCCCAGCAGGUGCCCCUGACCAGGCUCUACGUGGUCAUCCUGCUCACAGUGCUGGUCUUCCUCGUCUUCGGCCUACCCUAUGGCUUCAAGUGGUUUCUGUGUUACUGGACUCAGACACUUUGCCGUAAAACGUUUUCCUAUUUUCUUAGAAGGACUUGGCUCGUCCUGUCUAGUCUUAACAGCAGCGCCAACCCCAUCAUUUACUUUUUUGUCGGCUCCUUCAGGCAGCAGAGGCAGCUGCGGCAGACCCUCAAGUUGGUCCUGCAGAGGGCUUUGGAGGACAUCACGGAGGUGAAGAAAAGUAGCAGAAGCCUUCCUCGGGAAACCAGGGACAUUUCAGGGAGCAGUUUCACACAGUGAUUCUCUACCAAGCAGGGUUCCAUCAGAGAAGCAGUACUUAUUAUAGAGCUUUAUAUAUUAACUAGAGGCCCAGUGCACGAAAUUCGUGCAUGGGGGGCGGGGCCCUCAGUCCCUCAGCCCAGCCUGCACCCUCUUGCAAUCCGGGACCGCUUGCUCCUAACUGCUCGUCUGCCUGCCUGCCUGAUCACCCCUAACCACUCUACCUGCUUGCCUGCCUGAUCAGCCCUAACCACUCGCCUGCCUGCCUGAUCACCCCUAACCAGUCUGCCUGCCUGCCUGAUUGCCCCUUACCACUCACCUGCCUGCCAGAUUGCCCCUAACCACCUCUGCCUCGGCCCCUGCCACUGCGCCUUUGUCCGGAAGGACAUCCGGAAUGACAUC